AUGAGUUCGAGAUUUUCCAAUUUGGAAAAGCUAGAAAAGCCGCCCGGCCAAGAAAUACGUUAUAGCUUAAUCGUAACGCAGCAUCCUAUUCGUGCACGAAUGUGCGGGUUUGGAGAAAAAGAUCGAAGACCAAUUGAUCCUCCACCCGUGGUGGAGCUUUUAAUGACUUAUCAAGACGGUGCACCAGUUCCAGAAAGCUCGGUGGAUCCAUCUGGAUUUGUGGUGCAUGCGAAUCUCUGGUGUCAUAAAAAAAAGGAGGAAAGAUCCUUAGUUAUAAAUCCUUCCUCUUUACCUAGUUCAAACGGUGGCAGAUCAACAGUUAUCUCAUUAAAUGCGCCUACUUCAACUCGCAAUUUGAUGGGAUCUACCGUUUCUUCGGCGUACAUGUUAAAAAAUCAUGAAGGAAAGCAAGGAAUUUACUUUAUAUUCCAUGAUUUAUCAGUCAGAACAGAAGGAGCCUUUACGCUUCAAUUUUCAUUAACAAACAUAUCGAAUAUAUUAUUCGGCACUUGCCCUGGUAGCACAUCAUCGCCAGUUGAUGCGGAAGUUUUUUCGGAUCCAUUUCAAGUUUUCAGUGCCAAAAAAUUUCCGGGAAUGACCGGUUCGACUGAUUUAUCUAUUGCUUUUCAAAAGCAAGGGAUCAAAAUUGCAAUUCGACCUAAAGAUCGUAAAAGAAAAACCACCAAAAAUCUGCCAAACGAAUUAAACUCAAACCCUGAUAUGUCGGACAAGAGGACAAUAGAUUCAAAACAAACUUUCAACUAUUACAAUUCCGAUACAAAUAUGAACGAAGCAGUUGAAGAUCUGCAGGAUGAAUUUGGCAAAAAAAGGCGACUUCUUUCAACUCGAUAA